UCACUGGCUCGCACGCACGUCUUGCAGCUCGCUCACCCUCACUUUCUCUCAUAUUUUGAUUCAAGAAGUUGAUAUGGAGGAGGAUAGAUUCUAAAAGCUGGUGUUUGGUUAGCUUGGUUUGAUAUUAUUUAACUUCAGAUUGUUGUGUGCAUGCAAAGGAAGGCAUUUUUUACCAAAUAACUACCCUUAUCUCAAGCUCACUGAUCAUUUAUUUUGGCGGCGAUAGCUACAUUGCAAUUUCCUUUUAAUAACUUCUGAAAAUGAGAAUAGAAAAAAUAAAUUUUGAUCUUCUAUUUAUAUCCUGCACAAGAGUGCACUUUGCCAAGCGCCUCCAUGCACUUCUUGUGGUGUCUGGGAAGGUUAAAGACAUGUUUGUUUCAGCCAAGCUUGUAAAUCUUUAUUCUUACCUUGGUGAUGUAUCUUUCUCCCGCCGCACUUUCAAUGAGAUACCAAACAAGGAUAUCUAUACAUGGAACUCAAUGAUAUCUGCUUAUGUACGCACAUCUCGUUUCCGUGAAGCUUUAGAUUGUUUUCACCAGUUCUCUUUCACCUCUGGUCUUCAACCGAAUUCCUACACUUUUCCUCCUGUCUUAAAGGCUUGUGGAAAUCUAAUUAAUGGAAAGAAGAUACAUUGCCAGGUUUUGAAGUUGGGUUUUCAGUGGGAUGUCUAUGUUGCUGCUUCUUUGAUCCAUAUGUACUCACGGUUUGGUUUGGUUGCCAUUGCUCGUAACUUGUUCAAUGAGAUGCCAGCUCGAGAUAUAGGUUCUUGGAAUGCAAUGAUUUCUGGAUUAUGUCAAAAUGGGAAUGCUACAGAGGCUUUAGAUGUUUUGAAUGAAAUGAGGUUGGAGGGGGAAAAUAUGGAUCCUCUAACUGUUGCAAGCCUACUCACUGUUUGUGCACAAUCAAAUGACAUGUUAAGUGGAAUGCUUAUUCAUUUACAUGUCAUAAAACAUGGCUUGGAAUUCGACUUACUUGUAUCCAAUGCACUGAUUAAUAUGUACGCAAAAUUUGGUUGCUUGGUCAAUGCUCUAAGGGUAUUUAAUCAAAUGGCUGUAACAGAUUUGGUUUCGUGGAACUCAAUUAUCAAUGCAUUUGAGCAGAAUGAUGAUCCGACAACUGCACUUGGAUUCUUCAAAAAGAUGCAGCAGAUUGGCAUUCAACCUGAUUUGUUAACUCUAUUAAGUUUAGCUUCCAUUGUUGCUCCGUUAGCUGAUUGUCAAAAAUGUAAGUCUGUUCAUGGGUUCAUUCUAAGGAGAGGUUGGAUUAUGGAAGGUGUUGCCAUUGGAAAUGCAGUUGUUGACAUGUAUUCAAAAUUGGGUGCAAUAAAUUAUGCUCAUAGUGUUUUUGAAGGACUUCCUACCAAAGAUGUGAUUUCGUGGAAUACUUUGAUCACAUGUUAUGCUCAAAAUGGUCUUGCAAGUGAGGCAAUUAAAGUAUACAACACAAUGGAGAAAUGCGAAGAGUUAAGUCCAAAUCAAGGAACUUUAGUGAGCAUCUUACCAGCCUAUUCCCAUCUUGGAGAUGUGCACCAAGGGAUGAAAAUUCAUGGUCGGGUGAUCAAGAACAAUCUUCAUAUGGAUGUCUUUGUGGGAACGUGCCUGAUUGACAUGUAUGGAAAAUGCGGGAAAUUAGAUGAUGCAAUGUCAUUGUUUUACCAAGUGCCUAGAGGGACCUCAGUACCUUGGAAUGCCAUCAUUUCUUGUCAUGGACUUCAUGGGCAUGGGGAGAGAGCUUUAAAAUUGUUUGAAGAUAUGUUGGACAAGGCAGUGAAGCCAGAUGGUGUUACUUUUGUAUCUUUGUUGUCAGCUUGUAGCCAUUCAGGUUUGGUUGAUAUGGGUAAACAUUAUUUCCACUUGAUGCAGGAAAAAUAUGGGAUCAAGCCCAGUACUAAGCACUAUGGCUGCAUGGUGGAUUUGCUUGGUAGAGCUGGUCAUUUAGAGGCAGCAUCUGAUCUUAUAAAGAGUAUGCCUGUAGAACCUGAUGCUUCUAUUUGGGGAGCUCUUCUAGGUUCUUGUAGAAUACAUGGAAAUGUUGAGUUAGGUAAAUUUGCUUCAGAUCGGUUGUUUGAAGUUGAUUCGGAGAAUAUUGGUUAUUAUGUCUUGUUAUCUAAUAUAUAUGCAAAUCUUGGAAAAUGGGAAGGUGUGGAUAAAGUUAGAUCACUAGCUAGAGACAAGGGAUUGAGGAAGACUCCUGGGUGGAGCUCCAUAGAAAUCAACAACAAGGUUGAUGUCUUUUACACUGGAAACCAAACUCAUCAAAAGUAUCAAGAGAUAUGCACAGAAUUGAAGGUUAUGACUGCUAAGAUGAAAAGUCUCGGUUACAUUCCUGACUACAACUUUGUGUUGCAGGAUGUGGAAGAGGAUGAGAAGGAAGAAAUUCUAUCCAGUCAUAGUGAGAGAUUAGCCAUUGCUUUCGGAAUUAUUAGUACUCCUCCUAGAACUCCUAUUAGGAUCUUCAAAAACUUGAGAGUAUGUGGUGAUUGCCACACUGCAACUAAAUACAUGUCCAAAAUAACUGAGAGGGAGAUUAUUGUGAGGGAUUCCAAUCGUUUCCAUCACUUCAAGGAUGGAACUUGCUCUUGUCGGGAUUAUUGGUGACCGUGCUCUUCAACAUACCAAUGAAUACUAUUAUCUUUUCCUUCCAUUUUUUCUAAAAUUGUUGUUACCAACUGGAGGUAUUAUAUGGUAUUUUACCAGUCUCUUUGUAUUAUAACUAUAUAGUAGGUGACAAUUACCUGCUAUCGUCUUAAUACAAGUUCUGUUUCUUUUUUAAAAAAAUAUUGUCCCCAACUGGAUGUAUGCGCCACUAGAAGUAGCAUGGUAAUGGUGCAUAGUUGGGAAAAAGACACCAACUAACCAAUCAAUUUGAUCUGUUGACAAAGCCAACAAAAAGAAACACUGAUGCAUAUUGAAUCUCCGAGUCUGCCUUAUUCUAGUCUCCAGAGUUUGUCCCCUCUACCUGAAUCCUGUUGGGCAUGUAGGUGCUCCAAUUUUCAGGAUACAAGUUGAAAUAUAUAGACUGAACUGCUCUGUCAAACCAUAUUCCUUUUACAAAGUAAAUGUAUGACUAUGGGAAGGUACAAGACCCAUAUUUAUUGAAAUGAGAGGGAGAGGAAGCAUUUAAAGGAUUAUUCA